CUCGUUUGUUUAUGCUACUGUUGUAUGAACAUAAGUGCCUUGUGCGUCUGCCUACAGUGGCUUCAAAUGACAGUAAGUCCUGAUGUCACAGGGCACUCCCAAAAACAGCCGCUGUUCCACGGCUAUUCCGUGCUUUCCACCUUCUUCGCAUUUACAGUUAAAGUCGAGCCACAGAGUCUGCAGCGAUGCCGAAACGACCAGCGGCGCCCUUUGGCGCAGUUGUGGCCCACUACUCCCUGCCUCAGCCACCAGAAGACGAAUUUCAUAGGAAAACAAUUGAAAAAGGAGGAAAAAGAACAGACCCUGGACGGCAUCUGGACACCGGGUUCUUCAGGAUUCUGGCGUCUGGUGCGAUGGAAAGACGUGGGGAAUGGGGCAUGUUCUCGCGUCGGUCCGAUGCGGAGGCUCAUCUCAUCGAGAUCACCCGCGUGGAUGGCAGCCGUCGUGCUUUGUGGAAGGGGGGUGGAGAAGCCGCGUUCCCUCGUCCUCGAGACGCGUCGCGGGUGCAUGUACUUGAACAGAGUCGCCUCGGACUCCAUAAGCCGCGCCACGCGGUUUCCCUGUAUCAGGACUACGUGUACUGGAGCGACUGGAGCACCGGGGACUUUGAUCAAGACUGGCCAGAGCCGCAGCCUCGCUAAGGACGUGGCCUGCAUCCCUCCCAGCUACGACGGACUGCCCGAAUUAGCUGCUGCCGGUGUCCGGCAAGAUUAUCCCUUCCUGGGCGAACUCGCCGAAGCCUCGAAGCGUCUGCUCUUCUGGACAGAUAUCAGCAGCCAUCAGGCCAUCAUUCGGGCCCGAGUCGAUGGCAAUGAGCAUGUGGACCUGGAAGAAGUCACGACUCUGGCCUUAGACCAACAGUCCGAUAUCCCAUGCGUAUCGAUAAAAAUCCGUGCUUCCAUGCACAUCUCGCAGGUCUCUGCCUUCGGGAGAUUUGUGUCGGACGAUAAGACCGGACUGGAGAGGAGCGCAAUCACACCUGUCUGCACAGUCGCACAAAGUGUUUCCACAUCUGCAUGGCCAGCGGGGUAUGACACGCAGUAUUCACGACGUAUGCUCGUGCCAGAUUCUGAUGCUCUGAUGCUACUGGAGGGCAAGGAGAACUACGGCGUCUAUCCGGACAGAUAAUUUUAAGUGGCGGGAGUAGUGACAUAAAGAACGACUGUAUAUCCGCCUUCUGGCGCUGUGACGAAAGGACUGCCCGGCGGAUCACUUCAGCUGACAGUCAGCCGAGGGCAGAGACAAGGCUCUGAUCUACCAUGGUACCACCUUUAACAACUGAGACAAUGUCCACAAUGAGGCCGACUGCUGCAAGCGGCCAGGAGACUUUCAGUGUCCCAUCAACCAGCUUUGCAUCGGCCGCCCUGCUCUGCGAUGGCCGUGCCUCGGAUAUUUUCGCGCACCGAACCAAAAAUCGAGCUUUAAUGGCUCCAUCGAAGAAAUUAAAGAACCUGCCGGCUAUGCCAUAUGAGGUGGCAUAUGCCGCGACCAAGCUGCGGAUGAAGAUGGAGCGAAAGACUAUGGAUGAGUAUGCCAGGCUACUACUACCACAAUGCCUUCUACAAGGACCCAAGGUCCGAAGGCGACACCAGUUUAAGGUACGCGCUUGUCCCCAACGAACGAUGGACAAGUUGCUCAGUAUGCCAAAAGCGGAAGAGGAUGAUUCGCCCGAAGAGUUUCAGCAUGAAUAGGCAAAGUAAGUAUAAGUACCACCAAUUGUAUGACACAUUUUUGGCUAAUUCUCGACCAU